CGCAACAAUCCUUGCUCCGAGUUUCCGCUUCAAAUGACACUGAUCAUACACGUCACGUUUCGUCUGUAGUUGCUUGUCGAGGAUACAAACGUAAUUCAACAGCACGAAUAAUCCCGAUGACGAUGACAGCGAGCACCAAGCAAGGUUCCAAACGGUCAAAAUGGGCUUUAGACUUUGCUCACAAAACAAAACAAGACAAAAGUGUGGAGAUACCAUCUCCACCGGGAUACACACCUACUGGUGUCUUUCAUAAUGUGGAGUACAUGAGAGAGACUGAUUCCAAUCAUCUGAUAAUAAAGAAGUCCUGGGAUCUGGCGCUGGGACCUCUUAAACAAGUGCCCAUGAAUUUGUUCAUUAUGUAUAUGGCCGGAAGUUCUAUCUCAAUUUUUCCCAUCAUGAUGGUCGGCAUGCUUAUUAUCAGGCCAGUCAAGGCAUUAUUCACGCUUCAGCAAACAUUCAAAGUGAUAGAAGGAACGCAUGCGUUUGGACAAAAGUUCGUGUAUUUCCUAGGACAGUUAGUGAAUAUCGCGUUAGCGUUGUACAAAUGUCAGUCAAUGGGAUUGCUGCCGACACACGCAUCCGAUUGGUUGGCAUUUGUUGAGCCACAGACGAGAGUGGAAUAUUCUGGUGGUGGUUUUAUGUACAUUUGAUGCGAAGAAGUCAGUUAGUUAGUACUGUGAAAAUUACGUGCACACGCUCGAGGACGAUUGUGAGUUAAGUUAUAAGUAUGCUACAUUUAAAUAUUGUUUAUUAAAAUAAAUGUAUGGAAAAAUAA